AUGGAAGCGAAUGUAUUUGCGGCUGGUAUGACCGAUAAUUAUGAAUAUCCAGCAGUAAAGAAUCCGGGUGCCUUUGUUCCUCUUGAGCCUUCAUUGUUUGGAUAUGAAAGAAUUAAACAUGCUGCAUGUGGAUAUAGAACUUCUUUCUUUCUGACCGAGUCAGAUCAAUUGUAUUGUUGUGGGCAGAAUUCAUCAGGAGAGUUGGGGAAUGGAACUAGUGUUGAUUAUGAACCUCUCUCGAAGAAUAGAACUCUGAUUCCACAUUAUGGAACCAUAGAGACAAUAUUAGGAGGAGAUACAUUUACAUUCUUUAUCAUGAAGGAUGGUACUUUUUGGAGAUGUGGAUCUAAUAAUGAUGGCCAACUUGGAGCUGGAUCAAAAAGUAAAUUAUUGGUACCUGAACCGGUCAAUCCUACACCUUGGGGAGCUCACAGAGUGAUGAAGAUUGCAUUUGGAUAUUAUCACUCUGCAGUUCUUGUUAAUAAUACAGUGUACAUAUCAGGAAAACUUUCAGGAAGUGAUACCACCCAUGCAUAUACUAAAAUUGCAGAUGCAGAUCAGAAAAUGAUUGGAGAAAUUGUGGAUGUUUCUUGUGGAGUUUUUAACACAAUGGUUGUAAAUAGAAGAGGACAUUUGUAUAGUAUUGGUCAAUCAGUUGAAAAUGCUUCAACUUCAGCAUGGACCAGAAUGAAUAUUGAUGCACCUGUUUCCAAGAUUUUUUGUGGAUCACUUUCCGGCAUUGCAAUAACAUCACAAGAUGAGGUCUAUUGUUGGGGAGAUAACGGCUCAGGUGAGACUGGAAUUCCAAGCUCAAGAGUUUCUAAUUGGACAAUGAAUCACGAUUUGUGCUAUAAGGAAAUUACCAAUGUUGGUAUUCACACCUAUCAAACCAUUAUCCUUACUCGUUCAGGACAAGUACUCAUUUGUGGAAAUAAUUCCAACAAUCAAUUGGGAGCAGUCAUGGAAACUAGUCAAGGUGUAAAAAGAAGUACUCAAUUAGAGGAAUUAUGUAGGAAAUUCUCAAACAAGACAGCAUUUGUUACAGGAGGAUUUCAACACAUGAUUGUCUAUUUUGCUGAUGGUGCCAUGUCAAAAGGAAAAACCUACAUGAUUGCAAUGCUUCGUCAAGCAAGUCAAUCCUCAGAAUUGAGUGAUAUUUCAUUUGAUUUCCUAAAUACAUUGUAA